GGAGAAGCUGCUGUUAGACAUUAGAGAUAUAAUGUAGUUAUAUUUUCUUCACCACGGUUUUAACUGUGGUUUCUAACGUUUUUUACCACUGGGAAAGAGCAAAGUUAAACCUUAACUUUACCUCAACUUUCUCAGCCCGUCCUCCACCAUGUGGGUGUGUGUCGCUGUUCUCCUGCUGUGGACGAGGUCAGGAGGAUGCACGGACAAGGCCAACACGUCAGACCUCGUAGAAUACACUGCGGCCGACUUCUAUGACAAAUUGCACUCCGCCAAAAUGAUGUUUAUCUAUUUUGAGCAUCAAGUCUCUCCAACCAUCUCUCUCUUCUUGGUGGAGUUGGAGAAGUCUGCUGAGGUUCUGCGGGAUUAUGGGAUACUGGUGGGCAAGGUCAACUGCAAUAAAGAGCUGCUUCCCUCAUACUGUAUGAAUGAGAGAGUACUGCAUACAGCUUUUCUCUUCAGGGGCGGGAAAGAGUUCUUGAGUUUUGACUUGGACACCGUGUUUGACGUCAACUCCAUCGUCUCCGAAGUCCUUUUUGCCAUCCUACGCGAUGAGGUCAAGUACGUCCAUUCAGAUGCAGACCUGCUGGCCAUGGAGAAGACAGCCAGAGGGAAGAAGGAUAUUGUGCUGGGUUACGUCAGCAGUCUGGGGACACAAGAGCACAGAUCGAUGAUGGAGACAGCUUACGUGUACGGAUCCAAAUACCAGUUCAUCCUCAUAACCGGAGGUCCUGUCUUAAAACACUUGGGUGUGAAUGAAUCCUCUCCGUCGUCUCUGGUGUGGUUCCUCCACUGCCGGGCUCACACAGGGUUCAUGACUCCAAUGACUUCUGAGCGCUGCCCUUUGACCCGUAUGAGGAAACCCCUCUCCACACUCAGCCUGCACUCCUUCCUGCAGCUCAUGGAGGCUCCGCUUGUGUCUGAAGUAUACGAUGACCCUUCUGUAGUCCAGCCCCCCCAGUUCCCCUACCAGCAGACCCCCCAGGUCUUUCUAUUCUCUCGUCCUGCUACCGAACACCUUGACCUGGACACGGCCACCACUCUGGCCUGGAGGCUUCGUGGCCUGGCCCUGCUGUUGCUCGUACACAGAGAGAGUCCUGCUGUGAAAACCCCUGACGAGUAUAAUGCUGCUUACAGGCUGCCUGAGAUGGGUUCAGAGGUGAAGUAUUUGACCUUACAUGAUCUCGAUGAGGUCAUGGAGCUCUUUAUUCAUCAAGAGAAAGAGGCAGACGGGGAGGAGGAGGAAGAGGUAGAGGAGGAGGAAGAUGAGGAGGAAUAUUCACAUUUGGGCAGUUUAGACGAUGAAAUUGCAGAUAUCGUCUAUGAAAACAGAGGACACCUGCCUGACAUGGACUCAAUCACCCAACUGACCGCUGAGGACUUCCACACUGCAGCAGCAGAAAGCAGCCUGACAGUGGUGCUCUUCUACCUCAAAUGGGAUGCUGUUUCUAUGGCUUUUCUCAGCUCCUUCGUUGACGUUGCAGAGAGACUUUCAGAGUCUGAAGUCGACGACGUUCAGAUGUGCGCCGUCGACUGUGGCGAGUGGACCGACCUCUGCGCCGCUCAGACGGGCGGUUCCCUCCCGAUCCCUUUCCAGCCAAUCACAGCCUUCCCCAGCGUCCUGCUGCUCCGACCCCAGGAGUCAGCCCAGCAUUACAGAGGAAUGCUGGGUAGUGAGGCGUUGCAUCGCUUCAUCAUGAUGAGUCGCCCGCCUUCUCCCGUACCACUGUCCACCUUAGAGGAAGUGACAUCGUUCCUUCAAGAAGUGCCUUACCCUGAGCUGGCAGGCUAUAAUCCUGAUAAAGUGCUGGGACUAUUCAAAACACACACACAUGCAGGUUCGCAGGUGUUUACCGAAGCAGCGAAGUCAUUAAGAGGGGAGGUGCUGACUGGGUUGCUGACAGAUGAGCUGGCAGAGAAAUGGGCGGCAGAACACACCAUGGACCUUCCUGCAGUUUUGGUGUUUCCAUCUUGGAGAACACACUCUCAUCCCUCCACGCUGCCUCUGUUCCCCUCCGCUGAAGAGCUGCUCUCACAUAUUAACACUGCGCUGCAGCAUCCGCUGCCUGAGCUGACGGUGGAAAACCUUCCAUCCUUCCUCACCCUGGGCAAAGCCCUCCUCCUCCUCUUUGUGGGAGAAGAGGAGGACGAGAUCGGGCGGAGGCAGAACAAGGCGCUGGUGGAGGAGAUGAGAGGAGCGGUAGAGUCGGGAGGAGAGAGAAUGGAGCGAUACCUGGCCUGCUGGAUCCACCUUGGACGUACUCCAGCUGGUAUGUCCGUCCUGGGGUCAUACCUGGGCUCUAUGCCCCCCCUCCCUGCUCUGGUCCUCACUCAUUUGCCCUCCAGAGGUGAAAUCUACCAGUACCCACCCAGCACCCCCAUCGUGACUCCCUCCGUGCUGCAGUGGCUGCAGAGGGUCGAGGACGGGACUGAGUCAUCAGCAGGGAUGUUGGGUGAGUAUAGCUGGCCUCCCUCCGUCAAAUACUACGACUUCCUGAAGAUCAUGGACAAGGAGGACCCUGGCUUCGCUCAGCAGCUGUCUCCUAAAGUGGAAGACGAAGAAGAAGAAGAAGAAGAGGAAGAAGAAGAGGCAGAGGCGAAUGUGGAAGAUGAUGUGGUGGUAGAGGAGACUUCAGAUUCCUCCUCCAGCUCCCCCACUCCUGAUCCUCACCCUCACUCUGAGCUGUAACGUAAGACUGAAAGGAGCCACUGAUUAAACGUUU